AUGAACGGUGCGCCAAUCGCACAAACACACGAUCUGUCAGAGGACAGUGGAGAUUUCGACGACGGUACCCAUGUUGACGUGCAAGCCACGUCCGGCCAUUUGGCUAGUCGCCAGCAUCGGCGGCAGACGUGUAAAUUGCGUCAAAUUGCUGGACCUGCUGCCACUCAGCAAGGUCGGGGACAACAGAUACAGCUGAGCGGCCUCUUCGACCGAAGGGGUGUACCGGGAGGCUGGCUUCAGAACAUUUCAGAGCUAGUGUUUACCGCUGCAGAUUGUCGUGCGAAGGCGGUCAUUGGAAACGAAGAUACUGAGCUCGACGACUCGCUAUACGAUGAUGCUAAACAUCUUCAGCUCGCACUCAUUUCACCAGAAGUCUUGUUGUCAUGCACGCGAGAAACGCUCGACGAUCAGCUGAACGAUGUCUACGCCAGCCUCAAUUCUUGCCGUGGGAAUGCGUCAGUGAAGCUCAGCUACAUGACGUACCUAAUCUCUUUGAGUAAAUACGCCCGGCUGGCCGACGCGAUCGUAAACAGCCCAAUCCUCGAACUCACGAUUCGGAUGUUGGCGCAAGAAGUUCAGCUGAUCACACCGGACGAGACGAUAUUGUCGAUGCUGUGCCUCGGGCUCGCUGUUCAGUUUCGAUCCACGACUGUCGUCGCGCUGUCGUCACGCAAUCAGUUACGCCAUCUUGUACAACUCUUGCUGACAAUUGUUGCCGGUCUCCCGAGUCGGUCCAACGACAAGACAGCUACCAGCAGGAAGGGGUUGCAGUCUCGUUCGCGAGCACUUGCUUGCCUUGGAGAGCUGUUGUUGUAUAUGUUGACUAAGGAAAAGUGGGAACUACCGAUGGAAGGAGUGGAUGCUGUGCUUGUUCGUAUUGAAGACCUGGAUGUCGCGACUCGCUGCUAUGCUGUGAGAGCACUUUGCAAUAUGCUAAUUCAUACGGCGGAAUCUUCGCUCACCAAACUGAUGAGUGGCAAGGUAGUGCUAGCUCUCAUUCGUGGAUUAUUGCAAUGGAGGACUCUAGGGGUCAAUGACCAAGACGAUGCGAAUGAACGAAGGGUGCUCAUCGCGCUUCGUACAACUACGACAGAAGCCCUUGCUCAAGUUCUACGACACCUCCGCACUCCAUCGUCCAGCGCGUGUUUGCCGUCUCGCUUGAAACGGUCGAUACUGUUGUAUUUCGCUCAGCCUGCCGUUCUAAACGCAGUGUGGCAAGGUGUGGACAGCCCACGUGGAUCGAUUGAGCUAAAACUUGCUUCGCUUAACGUGAUCAACGCUUUCUUGGAUACGACGCUAGACAGAGAUAGGAAAGCCGAAUAUGCAGCAAUCCAGUCGAGUCGUGCCUUGCUGUUAGGGCGUAUCGUGGCAAUUCCUACGAUACAGAACAUUGUGGCAACGAGUAGCCAAACUACGGAUGACAAUGAAGAGGGCGAGUGUCGAGCGACGUUGCGAGCAAAGAGUCUGAUCAUGCUGCAUCUGGGCUUACAGCAGAACCAAGACUUUCUCACGUCAUUUGUACAAAAUGACGCUUUGACGCUUGUGGAGCAAACCUUGGGCACGAUUGCCGAGCUGCUGAACGCUAGUCAAAGCAAUCUUGUCUCACAGUCUCUAGAAAACAAGCUAUCGGUGUCCGAGCUGUAUCUCAUGCAAUGUGUUUUUAACUUGUGCAAGCUCCUGCUUGAAAUUGCUCUGGAACUUGGCGCUGAUUGCGUCCGGCUGACUCGGGCUCGCGGCCGUGGAAGCGAAAGCAGUAGCGCCGAGAAUGGAGCAAAGAUAUUGCCAAUAUCGUUCCAGCUAUUGAGGAGACUACUAACGCAGCCCAAUUGUCGGCAACAGUUUCUCAACUACUUGACCACGAGUGACAGCACGCAGUACACUUUAUUUCUACGUCGGAUGGCAAAGCUAUUGAUGUCAUUCCCUGACGAAGUUACAAGCGUCUCGGAAGAGCCCGGUACGACAACGACCAUCGCCUGUUCUGUGUCGGGGACGUUACUGCUUUUGUUUCAAUCGGCAACCAGCGAAGCCGAUGACAUUGUGUUGGUCGAUGAGCACGAACUGCUCACCCAUUUGCUACCCGUUGUCGUAAAAAGGGCGUACGGUGACAUGGAAAGCAACAAUGAGCAAGUCGCGGCCAAUUGUCUCAGACUUCUUCACGUGCUGUUGCUGGAUUUUGACUAUGGUGAUGAACAAGACGAGUAUAAACUCUACGAUUCCUUUAUACGGUCAGUCCUUCUCCCCAAUCUCAGUGAUACACUAACGAGACGCGAUGCCAUGGUCGAGCGGGUUUGGAGCCUGUCAAGCGAACUGCUAUUUGGUUUGCUAUCCAGCGACUCGUCGCUCGUAAGUGAAGCAAAGGACCUCAAUCUUGUGUCGACGGUUGUCAACUUGCUCUGCGUUCCAGCUACGUUCACGUCGUUGCCUACCAAUGCGACACAGCUAGUCCAGAUACUAGUGGACUCGGCUGACGUCGAUCUGGACUGGCUGUUCGAGUCGGGUAUCGCUCGGAGUAUGGUAAUCGGGUUGACCCUAACUGCCAAACGAAAGCAGGUUGACGAGAGCGUAGUAGACUUGGUUGCGAUUCUCCUGACUUUGCUUCAACACCAAUACGAAAAGGCUCGACAACCAGGAUUGACACCAACUCUACCAGGGUUCACCGACCUGGUCGCUUGUGGACCGUUGCUGUUACAGUUUUGUGCUUGUGGCGAUGAGAUGCGAUCGAACAGACAGCCGGAGGUUGCGGUAGUAGGGAACAAAGCCGACGCACACGAUAUGACUUGUGAAGUUGCAGGUGCAGCCUCUCGCUGUCUCGUCCUCCUAUCUCGGACUUUCGGUGAGCAGCUGAAUGGGGCGAUGUUCGCGCACGACAAAACUUUCGCUUCCUUGUCAGAUGAGGGUGAGUGA